GGUUCAAUCUACACACCAAAAAUGGAGAAACGAAAUUGUGCUGCGAUCUUGCUCCUUGUUUUCGGAGUCAUCGGGGUUUAUUCGUACCCUCAAAAUUCUAAUAAGGCAGUAAAUGGUGCAGUGCCGGACGUAUCGGGUCUCGAUCCACACGCAGAAGUAGAGAGUAUCAAUUAUUUACUUUUGGACGAUGAAAACCCAUCAUCGAGAAUGGCUUACCAAGUAGAUGGAAGACCGAAAAGAAGUCCUGGGGGACCGAAAAAAAAUAACGAUAAAUGGUCGCAAUUUCUGCAGCAACUGAGAAAUGCCAACUUGCAGCCAAUCGUAUUACCAAAUCCAACGCCACAAGAAAUGGAACGAAAUCGUUUAAUGGCACAAUUCAAUAAUAUAGUCCACGAAAUCAUGAGGCAGCGCCAAAUCUCCUACGACGACGCGGUUUUGCGCGCAAGAAACGAAAAUCUUCAUUUAUACAACCAAAUACUGCAAGCACAUGGAAUGCUUCAAUUUUAAGUUCUCCACGAUAUUUCACAGCUAAUAUGACUCGUAGCAUAAAUAUUAUAUGGUAUAGUUACGCCAAAAAAUGUAUACUCCUUAUACAUUGAAAUAAACAAGCGAAGAAACGUGAAUGAAUGACAGAA